AGUACUUUCAAAGAAGAAGACAACCAAAUAGGAAAAUGUCAAUGUUUAUUCUUCUUUGUUUUAGUUCGUUUAAUUUUACGUGUUUGAUAGUGCACACAAUUACAACUUUUUAUAAAAUAUUUUAAUAAAAAUGGGAGUUUCUAAUUAUGAUGCGCUUCGAAAGCAAGCAAGGCAUCUGGAAAAUGAGAUUGACCUGAAAUUAGUUGCAUUUAGUAAAAUUGGUGCAGGCACUAGCACAUCCCUCCAAAGUAGUUCUUCAACCGACACAUCACCAUUGUUAGGCGAACAUGUUUUCGAUUCACUAUCUGAGGAAAUUUCACAAAUGCUAGACAAGCUUUCGUCGUUGAACGAAACUAUGUCCGAGCUUCCUGCAACAGGUGCUGCUGCUAUCCACACACUCCAGCGCCACCGUGAAAUCCUGCAUGGCUAUAAGCAAGAAUUCAAUAAAAUUUGUGCAAAUCACACAACACGAAUAGAACGAGAAGAACUGUUACGUGGCUCCGGCUUAGCCACGAAUAGUCCAACAAUUUCGGGACUAAGUAGACGCGAUCUGUAUUUGAAAGAGAGUACUCAUUUGAGCAGUUCAAGUAGCAUGGUCAAUGAUCAAAUCAAUAUUGCUAUCGAAACGCGAGAACAUUUACUUUCACAGCGACAAGCAUUCAAAAGAUUGCAGACUCGGUUUAAUGAUAUUUCCAACAGAUUUCCUUUGAUUUCCAGCCUCAUACAAAGAAUCAAUAUAAAGAAGAAACGAGAUUCACUUAUUUUAGGUGCAGUUAUAGCUUUAUGUGUAAUAUUACUUUUGCUCUACGUAUUCAAUUAACAUUUUUUGUUUUGACUAAUUCAACCAGUCUAAAUAUUAAAUUACACAUUUCAUAAUAUUGUAAGGUUUAUCCAUAUAUGCAUAUGUAUGAAAAAAGUUAAUCUAUAUUUUUAUACUUUUUUCGACAUCAGUUUGAUUAUGUUACAUUUGUAGGGCAAUAAAAAAUAAUUAUUUGUAU